UGGUGAAAUAUGUGGUACAUUUUCUAAAUCACCUUUGAUCCAACAAUAGUCCAGUUUUCUCACCAAGUCGAUCACUAAUCCAAAUGUAGUGGUUUUUCGUACUACCCUGUCUCACUAAGAGAUUUCCUGUAAAUAACUCGUCGGUUGAAGGUGAAUUUUCUUCAGUAACUGUCGAAGGUUCGACAGUAUUAUUACAGAUUCGAGUGUUUUCUGUCAGUUCGAUUUCUACAGGUGCCUGUAGCUAUCUACCCGUUAUAUUAUGAACCAUAUCUUCUUCGUCCUCAUCUGCAGAGUCUUCAUCAGUCUCAAAUGCUAUUCUCAGCCAUAAUCCAAAGCAUUGGACAAAGUUAGACCACCUCUGAAAUAAAAUCGCAUAUUCUUUAAACGCCAAGUAAUACCAUUUUGUAUCACUGACAGCUUGAAUUCAUAAAUUUUGAUACAAUUGGCUUGGCUACAAUGGAUUUUAUUGAAUGUUUGGCAGUUAUGAAAGACCAACACCGCGACGUAGUUGUCUGUGUAUGGCCACAUCUCGUUGUGGAUAUUCUGGAAGAUCUACAACGCGUUCUGGCUGUUUAAACCAUAUCGAAAGCUUCUGACAAAGUUAAAUUAAACGCCCAGUGAUUGAGUUAAAUCUGUACCCUAGCACCAAUAUCCUAUCAAAAUAUACUUAAAACCCUAAUGUUUGUGCUGCAUAUACUUAGAAAAAACUUUAUCAGGUGUUUUAGUCGUGGUAUUUUCACAUCCUGGCACAAAACACGAUUUAUAUACAAUUUUCCAGAUUAAUCAAAGUUUAAUAAUAACGCUUAUUUUAGAAUAACCGAGAAAAUUGUUUUACUUUGUAUCGUAUGUUUAGUGUUGACUUUAUACCUAUGACGUCACAUAAUAUGGCGGCCUUACUGAAAUGUUUAAACUACCCACAAAAUUUUAAAGAAAUUUUUUUUUAUCUCUAUAAAUAUUGAUCAAAGAAUUGAAAAAAAUUAUAAUAAAAGUUGUACAUAAACUAUCGAAAACUAUUUUUUUUAAACCUAUUGUUUAAAAACAUUAUUUGAAGGAAAGAAAAUUUCAGUCUUGUACCACGUUGUUAAAUCAUUAAUUAUACAUAUUGUCGUAUUAAAACUUGUUCAUCUAUACGUAAAAGAGCCACAGCAUUUAGCUUUUCUUGAGUUAAAUUCCAUCGUGAAUAGUUUUUCACUUUUUUCGAGAAAGAAAAUCUUUCACCUGAGCAAUUUGUCGCUGGUGUAGAUAGAGCAAUACAAAGUAAUAAAUGAAAGUUUGUAUAAUUUUUUUAAAAAGUCAAUUCUCGCAACAAAAUUUUUGAUUGAUCUAGAACUUUUAUUAACAUUCUUAAAGAUGAAAUAAAGCUUUGAAAGUGUACACAUUUUUGAUCUAAUUGUAUUUCUAAAUCAUUAGGGUAAAAACUCACUCAAUUUUUUAACAAAAUUUGUUACCGUAGGCUAGAACCCACUCUUCAAUUGACAUUCCAUUUAAUAUAUUUAAGUUCUUUUUGUUUGCGGUGGAAUGGGGUACUAUCCUAUAGGGGAAGGUUAUCAUAAAUAUUUAUUUCAUUGUUUAAAAAAUUAUCUGCAUUCCUAGGGAAAUAAACAUCCGAUUAAUCGAUUUUUAUUAAUUCCAUUCCACAUGUAUGAUUUAAACCAGGAGUUCCCAACGUUUUUUUUUCUUCGUAAACAAAAUAUUUUACGUUUACCAAAAACUAUGGAAAUUCAAGUACAAUCUUCCCGUUGACCCCUGGGGGUGCACCUUGACCACAUUGGGAAUUUCUGGUUUAAACUAAUAUUUGUCUUUAUUUUUCAACGUAAAAUAUGGAUUCGCAUCACUCCACCAACGGUAGUUGGUCUGAUCUUGAAGUAUGAGUUAGUUAAAGAUUGUAAGGUCGAUAUUUCUAUUUUUUUGGAAUCUAUUUACAUUAUAUGACAAUGAAGACGCCCUUUUUUCCAAAUAAAAUUCAAAAUUUUCAUUAUUUUCUAUCAUGUUUUGGCUCAAUUUGCAAAAUUUUCUUUGUAUUUAUUCAAGUCUUAAAUAUAUUAAAUAAUUCUCAUAGUUUGAUUGUGAAUAUUUUUAUCUGGUUAUUGAAAACUAAAAAAAAAUUAUACUUAUAACUAUUAGCACAAUCUCAAUUUUCUCUUCCAUAUAUAAAUUAUUGGUGAUUUAUUUCUAUACUUACAUAUAAAAUAUGUCAACCAAAACUGAGUUCUGAACAUUAUGUUAGACACCAUUACACUGUCUAAAAAAAUGUUUAUAGCCUGUCACUUUUUAAAAUACGAUUCUCAACGUUUUUCAGAAUUUUUGAUUAAGUUGGAGUUUCUGGAACUGUUGGUGACAUUCAUUCUGAACACACUGUUUACACCAACACUCACAAUUACCUGAUAUGAGCGUUUCGAUAACCAAGUUACCGUCUUCAGAGACUCAAGUUUACCUUUUUAAUGAUUAGAAACUUCUCAAUGCACCAUAUAUGAAUGUCACUAUUCAAAAAUAGCAGUACAUCAUAAAUUAAUUAUACAUUAAUGUGAAAACUUGAAUUUCUGAAGCCGAAAAAAAUAUUUUUUCUAUGUAUAAUAAUCUUUUAUAUUGUCAAUAAUAAAGAUACUUUACUCUUGAGCAAUUAUCACAUUUUUUGAUAAAUCAGGUAUAUUGUGAUGCCUUCACGACAGCUUCUUAAUAUUUAGUCCAUGGAGAGAACCCUAGCAGAACAACAGAGCUAUAAUGGAAACUAUAGAGGAAGAGAAGACGACAAGUAAAAGAAUACCACAGAAAAUAAAACAAAGAAAAAGGGAUGAAUUAGAAUCUAAGAAAAAGAAAUUAAAAAGAGAAACUAAGCUAAGUAGAAAAUGGUACAGACUGAUACAGAUGAAGACAACCAACAGUAUGAAGAGCAAAAAAGAAUAAGGAAGAUGUGUAGAACAAAUAAAAGAAAAAGAAUGGAAAAAAAGAUAAGGCGUAUAAAAGAAAACGUUGUGAAUAAAGAAAUUUAAUAAAGUGCAAGCUAAGCAGAGGAUCAUGAUUCAAAGAUGGGAAGAGAACUUAAAAGAAAUAUUAAACGAGGGAAUACUGGAAAUGAUAUAAUGGCAAAAGAACGGUAAAUCCCCGAGAGAAAACGAAAUAUAAUCAGAAUUAAUCUGUGGAAAUUAUAAAGUCGUUAUGUGUAGUAGAAGGACAAGGACCUCCACAUAUUUUCAACUUACAGAUUUAAAGGACUAUACACACAUAUCCGUGACUGGACGGCACCGUAGCUUCCAUGAUAAAUUUUUCUUUGCCAUUUACACAUUACCGUACAUUUCCGUGUCGAUGUUCUUCGGUGAUCAAACGUGUCUGCUCGAGUUAUCUCAGUUUUCUCUCCACAAUGAAUUUCAGCACAGAAGACUUCGCAGUAAUUGCAUUAAUUCUAUACGAAGAAGAAGAAGACACUGGGUUCAUCCCAUAUGGAUGAUUCGAGGCGCGGAAGGAGAGUUUGUGACUAUGUAUAGAGGCUUGGUGGACGACGAAUGUAAAUUUUAUUCAUAUUCAAUUAUCGUCUGAGCCGUGCCAGAAGGGUUUCGGAAAAUGACUGGAAUCUUGAGUCAAAAAUUCUGCAAACGUAAACAAGUAUAAAAGGUACAAGGUUGCACUAGUCAUCAGUGGAGAUAUUCCGGGCAACGAUUUCUUCUUAUUCAAGUACCAUACAUUUUGCAGCGUGUAGGUAUUCUCUUGUCCAAAACUUCUAAUCUAUUAUCUGAACAAAAAUUGUUGGCGCACCCUGAAUGCAACACCAGUCUCUUAUAUUCCGUAGCGAGGAAUAUUGUUUACGCCCUGGUCCUCUCCUUUCUCGUCUGUAUGAGCUUGAGAGUUGAAUAUCUCGGUCCUGUAAACUCAGCACUAAGCGGAAAUGCCACUAAACACGCCUUUCGAAUUGGAAGCAUCAGUUCUUUGGCAAAAUCAAGUUAUUGUUGGCCGAGAUCAACGACGUUUCUCACGUCCUUACUUGAAAGUUAGUUAGUAUUUACUAUUUCGUAUAAUGUAUUUGUAUUUUGUAAUAAACAAGUAAAUUUUGUAAGAUAAUAAAUUUAAAAACUCACCAUCGACAUUCAUUUUGAAAUCUAUUUCCUGUUUAGGUAUUUGGGGUCCUUCAUAUUGUAAAGAACUAGAUGAGAAGCAAAUCGUUCAUAUUACAAAAAUGAGGUAGACACAAAAAAUAUUGAAAAGUGAAUAGAGCAAACUCUAAACUGAAAAUAUCGGCGAGGAUGUAUUGCUUAUUUUCACGGUGGAUACCAGAAGAACACAGAUACUCACGCUGUCCUUUGAACACACCCUUAAGUUUACUAAGAAUUUCGUCAGCCGAUAUUUUUUUCCACUGAAGGCACGGUACGGUACGUCACGGCACGGAUAUAUGUGGAUGGACUUUUAUAACCCUCACAUUAUAUUAUAUUUAGUUACCUCUGACAACACGAUAGUCAUUGAGUACAUUGUCGACAAAUACUAGUUAUGAAAAGAGCAAAAUAUUGUUCAACAAACGUAAUAUUUGCCAAAACGAACGCCAGGAAGAGUUUCUGGUUAAUUCUGAGUCGCCUAUAAGUCGAGGUUGCUCCCUUCCCUCCUAAGGGUAUGCUUGGGAGCCGAGCUACAAAUGUGCGAGCAAUACUCUAAAAAUGGACGGAUCUGGGCCUUACAGAGGAUUAGAAGCUGUUGAGGAGUAUCUAGCUCUUUGGUCUUAACGAUUUUGUGAUACUACCUUAGCUAAUUCGUCCACGUGACUAUGCCAGGACAUAUUGCUCCCAACUUCAAUAUAUCCAGACGGGACCUAAUCUUGUGCUGCAGUACCAAUUAUUAUAAACCUGGAGCCUGGGUUUUUGCUGCAUUAAACUCAAUCAGAUUACUUCCACUCCACUCCAGAAUGUUUUCAAAAUCGGUAUUGAUGGAGAUGAUUUGUUGCUACCUACGGAUUUGAGUGUUAGUCGAGUUUAUUUGGGUGACUGAUUUGAACAACACCAGAGUGCUAUCUUCGGCGAAGCUAUAGAGUGGGUUAGCAGAUUUAUCUAGUAGAUUGUUGAUGUAUCCAUCGAUAAUGACCUGGAUGGAGCGGACUUUGAGGAAGCUACUAAGCCAAUCGACGAGUGAGGACGACAAACCGUGAUUUAUUUUGAAAAGUUGUCAUGCCAACCCCAAUUCUUUGGUGCCGGAAGCUGGCCUUUUUGGCCAGUUAGCUGUUUUAAAUCUUCUUUUGACUGUUCAGCUACUCCUCGUGUUUCUGUGAGCUCUUGUUGCAUCCAUUUUCAGGUAGAAUACAAUUUGGUGUUCAGCUUUUUUGCAUGUGACUCGCGUCGAUUUUUUUGCUCUUGAUAGUAUCUAAUUCCCUUGCAAUCUAAAUAAAUAAGGUGAAACUCCUCAACAUAACCAGUUAAUAAGAGAGGAUGGUAAACCGUACGAUCUUUAUUUAUUUAUAAGAUUGGCAUGAAAAUAAUUGCUCAAUAUUGAGAGGUUUUAUAGAUUUGAAAGUGUUUUUGCGUAAUACAUAUUUCAUUUAUUCAUUAUGAACGAUUUAUUAAAGUAACCGUGAAUUAUUAAAAUGGUGGCAACCAUAAAUUGUGUUUGUUUAGUUUAACGAAGCUCUUAAUAAAAUAAAAAGAGAAGCGGAAAAAAAAAGAAGAAUCAGUUGCUCGUACUAUAAAAGCAAAGGGCCAUAAAUUGUGAAAGAGAAAAACAACAGUAUAGAUUGCUAACUUCAGCGUAGAUAUUUGACAUUUUUAAAUUGAUCGAGGAAUAUAUCGGGUCCGUUUUAUAGAAAUUUAAAAACCCAUGAAAAACAAUGGUAUAACAAAUGUGAAAUUAUGAAAAUGUGUAGAUUAGAAUAAUUAUCGUGCUUCAAUAUAAAGAUUAAAGUUAGUAGUGGUUUUUGUUAUCAUCCAUGCAAAAUGGAAACCCAGUACUUAACCAAGGAACAUCUAAUUGGAUUUGAUAAUUACAAGUACAAUUGUAUUGACACUGGUAUAUUAAGUAUAUAUGUUAUGCAUCCCUUUUGGAAUUGGGUAGUUCAGUUCUGUCCUAGAUCAAUAGCUCCCAAUUUACUAACAUUUACUGGAUUUCUGUUUACUGUAGUAACGUAUAUAUAUUUCGCUGUGGUCGACUAUAACUUCUACGCUUCGGAUCCAGAUCAUCCAGAGGUAGAAUCACUUGGAAAAUGGCCUUUUAUGAUUGCAGCAAUAUUAUUAUUCAUCGCUUACACGUUAGAUGGUAUAGAUGGAAAACAAGCUAGAAAAACUGGUACCAGUGGCCCGUUAGGGGAAUUAUUUGACCAUGGAUUGGAUUCUUAUACAGCUGGUCUCAUUCCUGGAGCAAUGUAUUCCAUUUUUAGCCGCGGCUCCAGAUAUAGUAUAGUUCCUUUUAGAAUGUUUUUUACCAUGUGGAAUGUUAUGAUGAAUUUUUAUAUGACUCAUUUUGAAAAAUACAAUACCGGAGUGAUGUUCUUGCCUUGGGGAUACGAUUUCUCUAUGUGGGGAACAAUAAUAACAUUUCUAAUAGCGGGGAUUUUUGGGGCCGAAUUUUGGCAGUUUCAAAUAGGCAAUUGGACAGCUGGCAACAUGUUAGAGAUGCUCCUCUAUAUUUCUUCUCUAAUAUCAAAUGUACCUGUAAUAUCAUACAAUAUUUACUUGUCUUACAAAAAUAAAACUGGAAAAAUGAGACCAUUCACUGAUGCCGUUCGACCGCUCAUGUCCGUAGGGGCAUUCUUCUCUAUAACACUUCUGUGGGUUUUAUACUCUCCCAGCAAUAUUGUUGAAACAGAUCCUAGAGCAUUAUUUUUUCUUUUGGGAACCGUUUUUUCAAAUAUAUCUUGUCGAUUGAUCGUCGCUCAAAUGAGUAAUACAACCUGUGAUGCUUUCAAUUUACUCCUGAUUCCCACUUUCGUUGUAACAGCAGUGUCAAUUUUAACCCAGUGGUCGCAUUUGGAACUACUAUUAUUAUAUUGCUUGUGUGUAGUUACGUCGGUGGCUCAUAUACAUUAUGGAACGUGUGUGGUGAGACAAAUGUGCCGACACUUUAAGGUCAACUGUUUCACGAUAAAAAAACAGUCUGAUUGACUAUUGAUCGACAACGCAUGAUUGGAAUCAAGUGUUGUCUCUCGGAUGUGCAACAAACAUUAGGUGUUUUUUUUCAAACAUUAUUAUUUAAUUAAAUUUGAGUGUAUCGAAUGUCCUAGUCUUUGUACUUGGCCAUAGUCAAUAGUUGAGCUGCAGACCAGACUACAAGAACAUACCCAAUGAUGAACAAUUAUAAUGUAAUUUAAAUCUUCGUAAUAUAUGGCCAGUUAACCAAU